AUGGAGAACAAAGAAAUAUCAAUUCGGUCAAGAACCCCUCCUUCAAAACUAUACUCCAUUCAGUCUUGUAUUGGAAGGGGUAAUUUUGGUGAUGUUUAUAAAGCAAUGGACAGAGUCACUCAGGAAAUUGUGGCAAUCAAAGUAGUCAACCUAGAGCAUUCUGAUGAAGACAUCGAACUGUUAGCACAAGAGAUUUUUUUUCUGGCGGAGUUAAAGUCUCCCCUUAUUACCAACUAUAUCACCACAAUGCUAGAGGAUGUUUCUAUGUGGAUUGUUAUGGAGUAUUGCGGCGGUGGAUCGUGUUCGGAUUUACUAAAACGAAGUUACGUUAAUGGUUUACCGGAAGAGAAAGUUUCUUUUAUUAUUCAUCAGGUUACCUUGGGUUUAAAAUAUUUGCAUGAACAAAGGAAGAUCCAUCGUGAUAUCAAAGCAGCUAAUAUAUUACUGAAUGAGGAAGGUAUGGUUAAGUUGGGUGAUUUUGGAGUAAGUGGCCACAUUCGUUCCACUUUCAAAAGAGACACAUUUGUGGGAACACCUUAUUGGAUGGCACCAGAGGUUGUUUGCUGCGAAGUUGAUGGGUAUAAUGAGAAAGCGGAUAUAUGGUCUCUGGGUAUUACUACUUAUGAAUUACUGAAAGGAUUACCUCCAUUAUCUAAGUACGAUCCUAUGAAGGUUAUGACUAACCUACCAAAGAGAAAGCCUCCAAAGCUACAAGGCCCUUUUUCUGAAGCAGCGAAAGAGUUCGUAGCUGGGUGUCUUGUUAAAACACCUGCUGAUCGGCCAUCUGCGUACGAUUUAUUGUCAUUUGAAUUUAUUAAAAACAUUACAGUAACAAAUUUGAAGAGCGAUGUUGAACUGAUCAAAAAAAAAAAAGGUCAAGAGAGAUAUACAAAGGUGCCCAAAUAUCCUCUUCAAAAUCGACUGUACAAAAACAGCAACACUGUAAGAGGGAAGGAAUUUUGGAAUUUUGAAUCAGCAAGACUAAGUACAACACAAAUCUCUAAAAAGGAAUUAUCUCCUAUCACACAAGACUCUCCAACCUCAUCUUUAAACAUGGAAAGCCCUUAUAUGCUUCAUGGGCAAACUGUAACGCCGAUAACUAAUCCAAGCUCUUCAUCAUUUAGAAAAUGCACGCAACCAGUCUUCGAGCUUGAUUCAGGAAUGGACAUAGAUUCAGGUUGUGCAAAUUUACAAGCGGAGAUCGAAAUGGCGACACCCUCUAACUAUAACAAGAAGUAUAAGAAAAACGAUAUUCAAGCGUUGAAGAUAGAGAAGUUUGACUACCUGAAAAAUAUCGUGUCUCACAUUCUCAACAGAAUGUAUGAACGUGCACGUGAUGAUGAAACAAGAAAAUAUGUGAAUGAAAUGUUAAAGCAAUUCAUUAAAACCGAAGCAAGCGUUCCUGGUUUCAAUGAGGUUUUUAUAGAAGAGAUUUCACUAAGAAUUGAGGCAAUAAAGAAAGGAUUCGUGUAA